CAAUUGUCUUCAUCACUCUAUCAACAAUGUCGCAGCCUGCCUUCGCGUUCGAUCCAUCACGGCGGCCGUCGCAGGCCGAGAACCAGACCAUACUGAAAUCCGAGAUCCCGUUGAAGGAACGAUUCUUCCGUUACUUCCAACAUGAGAUUACCGGUAUGUCUCCGUGAUAUUGUCGUUUUGUGUCUGUUAGCAGAGUAAUCUGACAUCGAAGUACCAUCCUGUAGCUCUUCAAGAAGAGAUGGACCGUCUGGCAGACACGUCCCUCAUAGGAGGGGAACGGACGGAUGCAACCGACCAUUGCCUGGCUGGGAUUGCAAGAUUGUCUAAUGAGGUUAAGGAUGCAGCAAGCUAUAUCCCCACCUAUGAUCAACGUGUGUAUGCAGAGGCCAUCAAAGCGCUUCAGGACAAGCUUGCCGAGACACGCUCGGCGUUUGAGCCUCGCCCCAAAUUUACCUUCAAGACAAAGAAGAAUGCAUCGGCUGUCUCGCUGCCACGGGGUCUACCCGGCUACCGCUCCCCAGGAGCAUCUUCGGUAGAUUCCUCCGCUGUGCAGACGCCGAAUUACCCAUCUACACCUUUGUACGAACCAGAUCUCCUUCAGUCACAUCGGCCAGAAAUCGCACCGACGUCGGUUCCCGCCUUUUCCUCUGGCAUUAGUGAAACUGAAUCGAAAUCCAAAGGAGACUCCAAUAAGGGUAAGGCUUUCGCGGCCACAGCUGUGUCCUCUGUCUCCGUAAACGAUCAUUAUGGUCUCCAUAUUAUGCUUCCUGCAUCAGGCUCGACAGCGGCUGUACCUGCAUCUAUCACAUCUUUGAACCAUUGCGUCGUUGAUAUGUCCAUACCGACUGCAAACGGCAAGCCCUAUGCCAGUCUCACUGUCAAGGAUGUCAACGAGAGCUUAUUGAUCUGUGGCCAAAUUGACGGGCCAGCACAUAUAACCGAUGUUAAAAAUAGUGUGAUUGUGGUGUCGUGUCGCCAAUUCCGCAUGCACAACUGUACUGGCGUGGACGUGUACCUGAGCAGCUCCAGCAAUCCAAUCAUUGAAGAUUGCACCGACGUCCGGUUUGGCAGAAUCCCAAGGGCAUAUGCUCUGGACCAUGACCGUCCGGAUAACGAAGACCGCUGGAGCCAAGUUGAGGACUUCAAAUGGAUUAAGCCGGAACCAAGCCCGAACUGGAGCUUGCUAAGUCCUGAGGAGUCGAUUCCAGAAGAAGUGUGGGCUGAGAUUGUGCCCGGUGGCCCUGGAUGGUCACUCGAAGACAUACUACGCGCAAUCAAUAUUGUGAAAGAUUAAAUUUGUUUUCCUCUACGAUGCACGGUUAAUCAUGGAAAGCAUUUCGUGGAGAGCAAUCGCCAUUGUUCAGUGUAUCAACCCAAUUCUGCUUCGAAGCCGUGCCUUGGGUUCUUCGUGGACUAUGGUGCUUCCAAGUUUGACAUACUUCGC